CGUACGUUGGCUGGGCUAGACUAGAACAAACGCACGCGCCCAUCUCUCUCGCUCAUGUCUGGUCCUCUCGAUCCCCUUGCGCCGCCGCCACAGACGCUGGCCGAUUCCGGCCGCUCCGGUGAGCUCUAGCGCCGCCCAGCACACCUACGGCUGCUCCUCGAUGAGCUCUGUCUAUUCCUCCGCAUCGAUUUAUUUUCCUCUGCUCCUUGUGGUCGCCCCCUUCAGUUAUGUCUUGCUAGGGUUUCGGUCUUGGUCGUGCUCCUCCUGCUCGCCGGGGCUCCGCGUGCGCGGCCAAGCUGCCGCCGCCGCCGCCGUGCAGCCGGUCGUGCGCGAUGCUCAACUGCGACUCGGUGGGGAUCCGGUACGGCAAGUUCUGCGGCGUGGGGUGGAGCGGGUGCAAGGGGAGGACCCCUACGACGACCUCGAUGCGUGCUGCCGCGAGCACGACAGUUGCCUCGAAAAAAAAGUGUUUUUGUUAUGCAGGUUGGAAGAAAAGAAGAAGAUCCAGAGAAGAUCUUAGUAAUAAGAUAGUUUUUAUUAAAGUAGAUAUUUAGUUUUAGGUCAUUUCUUGUAAUUUCAGAUAUGGAGUGCUUGUCUUUAGUUUUUGUUUUGACUUUGUGAAAC